UGCUCAGUGAUAGGCUGUGAGUGAGAGGUUAUAAAGCUGCCAGAGCUCAAUUCUCAGUGUCAGUGUCCUGUGUCAUCACGAUGGAGGUGCCACGGGGGGCACUCUGCUUGCUCUUGCUCUACUGCUUCUAUGUCUCUUCUUUUGCAAAUCCAACCUGUAAGCGUAAUUGCAGAGGCGCUGGAGGUCCAUUCCUGCCUGGACAGGUUUACAAAUACCAUCUGAAAGGAUCAACAGUAACGCAGCUCCCUGGCUCACCAGAUGAUGUCACUUCACUUGGAAUAUCCGCAACUGCUGAAGUCUUUGUGGAAUCCAAGUGUCAGCAUGUCCUCAGAUUGUCUGACGUAGAAGUUAAAGGACCAGAUGGAAAGCAAUACAAUGGGCUAAGCGCAGACUGUGCCAAGCCAAUCAGGUUCUCGUAUAGUGACGGAAAGCUGGAUGAGUUGUGCGGUCAGGCUGAUGACGAGGGAGUCAGUUUGAACAUCAAGCGAGCUGUCAUCUCUCUCUUGAGUUCAGUCAAGAACCAGGAUGAAGACAGUGGGUCUGCUAGUGAGAAUGAUGUAUUUGGAAUUUGUCCCACUGAGUUCAGUAUCUCUCAUGAAGGCUCGAAGGUCGUAAUCCACAAAACCAAGGACUUAAACAGAUGUGCUCUCCGAGAGGAUUUCAACCUCCCAUUCUCUACUACUCCAUACCAGGCAGUCCAGAGUAGUUUUGGCAAGUUUGAGACGUCACCUUUACUCGGUUCCCAACUAAAAGUCUUGCAGGAGAUAGAGAAUGGAGUUCUACAGAAGGCUGAGGGGACAGAAAUAUACAACUACAGACCUAUGAUGAAUCCUGAAGCAGGAGCAACAAUCAAGGUGCUCUACACUCUCACCCUGGAGAGCUCAGGACCUGGUGCAAUUCCAGCAAAUGUCAAUAGUCCGAAAAAAAUCUUUUACGAAGCUGCUCAUGAUUCUGAUGGCAUCAAGAAUCAAGGAUCAAUUGCUGCUGCACUACAGAAGGCAGUAGCUGCGAUAGAUCCCGUUGCUACACCUGAGGCAGCCAAAGAGUUUGCCAACCUUGUCCAUGUCAUAGAGCAAGGCAAUAAAGCUGAUAUCUUGGCAGCUUAUAGUGUGGCUCAAGGCAAAACUGCCAAAAAUAUCUUCUUGGAUGGUCUUUUGUAUGCUGGGAGUGCUGAAUCUGUUGAGGCUGCAGCAGAGUUGCUUAGUAGCAAAAGAAUUCCUGAGGAAUCAGCCCUUCUCUGGUAUCUGGAUCUCAACUUUGUUAAACAUGUGUCAAGAGGAUCCCUCACUUCCUUACUGCCUCUGCUCUCUGGUGACAAAGUACCAUACCAAGCUUAUUUGGGAAUUGGAUCUGUUGCUGGAAAAUUCUGCGUGCAGCAUCCACAGCUCUGUGAGACCUCUCAGGAAUACAACCAACUUCUGGCCAGACUGGCUGCUCCCUUAGCUGGGGGCUGCAAAGUGGAUUCUCAUGAGAAGGAAAACAAUAUUAUUGCCAGCCUGAAGGGAUUACGCAACACUCGUCACCUUACUGCCGAGAUCGCUCAACAAAUCAGCCAAUGUGCAGCUGACAGGUCAGCCAGGUCUAGAGUGCGUGUUGCUGCUCUUGAAGCUUUCCAUGCUGAUGCCAGCAAACCAGUUCUCAUUCAAACUGCUAUCACAAUUUUACAUAAUGUUGAAGAAGACUCUGAGCUACGAAUUCAAGCCUACUUGGCCUUAGUCGCAAACCCUACUCCUAAAGUUGCAGACAUAGUGAAGGAACUAAUUGACAAAGAACCUGUCAAUCAAGUUGGCAGCUUCAUUGUUUCUCAUCUGCGUAACAUUCGAGCCUCAACCAAUCCUGAAAAACAAGCAGCCAAAGCAUUUUUGGGAAAUAUUAUAAGCAAAAAGAAGUUCCCCUUUGACCAGCGCAAGUUCUCUAAAAACCAGGAACUGUCUUACAGUCUGGAUGCUUUGAAUGUAGGAGCAGCUGGAGAAUUGAAUCGAAUCUUCUCACAGAAAUCUUUUAUUUAUAGAUCUGUCUCACUCAACUUAACAACACAACUAUUUGGGCAUUCUGUCAACUUAGCAGAGGUUGGUCUGAGACUUGAAAAUCUUGAAUGGUAUUUUGAGAAGUAUUUUGGUCAUAGAGGAAUACUAAAAUCAAAGGGUUCUGAGUUGGCUGAUGAAUACGCUGAUGAGGCUGAGAAAGUUGUGAAUAAGACUUUGGAAAGAAACAAGAGAUCCAUUAACAAACAGCAAACAUUAGCUGCCAUUGACAAGAUUCAUCUUGGUCCAGAUUAUGAGGAUCGCCACACAAACAUUGACCUUUCAUUGAAACUCUUUGGAUCUGACAUUGCUUGGAUGAAUUAUCAUCAUGACAAGUUUGAUUUUGAAGGCAUGAAAAAGAAGCUGUAUGGGAAAAAGGAUGAAUUCAUGGAUAACUCCAAAAAUAUGGAUAUUGAUUAUAAGAAAGCAAGGACAUUCUUGGAUGCUGGACUUACAUACCCGACUGGGCUUGGAUUAGGAUUGAAGAUCAAAGUAAAUGGCAACUAUGCAGUGAACCUUAAAUUCAAUGGUAAAGCUGAUUUGAACGCAAUCAUGAACAACCCAAGAAAUGCUCAUUUUGCCUUCCAAUUUGUCCCAAGUGGAAGUCUAGAGCUGGCCUCCACCCUGGCAGUUGAUGCUGAUGUGGUUGAGUCUGGUGUGAAGGUCUCUGCCAAUCUCCAUUCCUCCACUGGGACAGAUCUGACAGUGAAGGUACUUGAUGGAUACGGAGUAGAUGUCAAGCUUGGCUUGCCCGUCAAGAAACAGGAAAUACUGAACUUCCACUCUGACGUUUUCAGUGUCAUUAGAGAGAAGACAGGUUCUGAAGUGGAAACACCUGUUAAAUUUAAUGUAAAGAGAGAGGAUCACGGUGGAUGUUUUGACCAGCUAAACACCUUGAUUGGACUGACAGUCUGUGGAGAAGUCAGUGUGCCCCUGGAAGGUUUCAAAGUGCUGAGUCCUGCCUAUGGUCCUAGCAAGGCUUCCCUCCGCAUUGAGAAGGAGGAUGAGUCACUUACUGCUUAUCACUUCAGAGCCUUCUAUGACAAUAAACAGCAAGAUAAAGUGUCCCUGGAAGUGCUUUUGGAUACUCCCAACUCAAAAACAGAUAGAAAGUUUCUUCUGAGUGUCAAAGGCAGCAUGAAGCCCCAGAAACAACUUCUAAUCGCUUUGGAAUCUCCUUUAACUGUACCCACCACUUUUGAAGCUCUUGUGAUUGAUACUGAAUUGGAGCAAGCUAUAUCUGCAAAGCUGACUUCCGAUACCGCAGAACACUUCUUCAAGAUUGGUGCCCACAUUUCUGGUGACAUAAAUCGCAGAAAGUAUGAACCUAUUCUUGAAUACAAAUUUCCAGAAACAGCAUCAAAGUCUUCAGGAUGGAUUGGACGAAAAGGAGUGAAGGGAGGAAGGCAGCAGCAACAAUCAGCUUUGGGAAUUUCAGGUGCUGUGUAUGUGGAAAAACAUCCUGGAACACCUUACAGGAAAUAUGAACUUGAAUCUGUAACUGUGACCACUCCUAGUAAGAAGCUGACUCUUGAUGGAACCAUCACUAUUGAUGCUAACCUUGUCGAAACAGAUCUCAAAGCAUCGUAUGAAAAUAAUACAUUCACAUUAAAGUCAAAGGUACAGAAACUGGGUGAAAGAAAAUAUACAGCUGAAGUAGAAGUUUUGCCCUCACAGUAUCCUGAUUUAGCAGGAAAUCUUAAAUGGCAGUACGAGAGAACCCCACACAAGAUUGAGCACAAUCUAGUGAUUGUCCAUGGUCCAGAUCUCACGAGCGAAAUGUCUCGUUUAUCAAUUGCUCAGUUGUUUACUUACAAACACGAAUCUGCCAAAGACUUUGACUUCCACACAGUCAAUACAGUGUCAUAUCCUCUGCUGGCUUUCACUGGUUCACUGAAAGGAGGUGUCGCUCCCAAGAGUGUGAUGUAUGAUGUUGAUGUAACCUAUGAAAAGCAUCAAAUAAAGAGCAAACUGGAUGCCAAGAGGGGCAUGAAGGAGCCAUCUGAUUACAGCAUAGAAUUUGAGGCAAAAGCUCUAGAAAACAGUGUAGACCUUACCCUGAAGCACGAGCGUGUGUCAGCGACAAAGUCCAAGUUUACCAACUCUCUACAGAUGAAACCUGGUGGCAAGUACCAACUGAACGCUCUGGUGGAGAACAAUGUUAAGACUGGUGACGUCCAUCAGUCCUUAGAAGCCGAGCUUAAAAUGCCACAGGAACCUAAAUCUGUCAAAGUAAAAGCUGAACAUACACACAACAGUAAAGAGUUUGAUGUAGAAUUUGAGUUGAUUGCUGGAAAUAAACACGUGGUUGAUUUUGAAGUAGAAUGUAACAAAGCAGCAGAUCCUUCUGGCAAGUUUAAACUGUCGUUGCCGAGAUAUAUUGACAGUCAUGGAGUUUAUGAUACAAAAGCUGGAAAAGGAACUGGAUCUUUCUAUAUAAAUGUUUUGAAAACUGGAAGAAAGAUUGAGGGCAAGGGUGAACUGACACAUACUUCAUCCCAUAUUGUUGGAUUUGGUGAAUUGUUGUGGGAUGCCAACAAAGAUCCUAGUAAAAAAGUUUAUGUAAAAACAGACACUUCGUGUUCUGGAAAAUCUAUUGAUACCAAGAACAUCCUGCAAGUUUUUGAGCAUAAGACAGAAAUAAACCUGAAGGGAACUAUGGACGGUCCUUUGCUUGAUGGAAGUCUUGAAGGAGAAGCUGAAGUUGUUCUACCAUCUGGCAGGAUAGUAACUGCUAAAGUCGACAGAGUUUUCCAUUUGGUCUCUGAAGACAAUAAGAUUGAAGGAACUUGGGAACUUGCAGACUAUGCCUCCAGGGGUGCACAGCCACGGAAACUGACACUGAAAUUGGCUGGUAAAAACAUUAAUCCUAGGAAAGUGCAAUUUGACGGACAAGUGGACCUGACCUAUAUGACACCUAACAAAGAGGAUCUCAUCCUACACUUUGUAGGAAAGAAAGUUCCUCAGGGCGAGAAAUGGACCAUUGCUGGACAGGGUUCGGUAACUGGAUCCAUGGUGAAACAUCCGAUACACUCCAAGCUGAAUGCAGAGGUAACUGAGCAGCUGCUGAAGGGACGGAUGACAGAUGAUGGAAAGUUUCCUUCUGCUCAUUAUGACUUUGAACUGAAGGCUGGAGAUGAAAUUGAAGUGGCAUCAAAUGGUAAAAUUAACCAGGACCAACUUAAUAAUGACAUCGAGAUCAAACUACCAUCUGACCUUGCGAUCAAGUCAGUCAAAUGGAAUAUGCUCCAUGUAUCAGCACAAGAAAGUACUGGAAAGAAGAUUGUAAACAGCAAUGCCAUUCAAUGGAAUGGGGACAAGUUUGUUAAAUACAAUGCUGAAUCUUACGAAAAAUCAGGCACCCUCCAUGGAAAAAUAACAUGGGAAACUCAUGAGCAGAGUCCACGUACUGUGACCUACAAAGUCGAUGACAGUGAGGAUAAGGUAGACUUGGACCUUGCUCUGGAAUGGGAAGGCAAGAAAGCUGAUUUCAGCUUGAAAGCAGAUGUAACAUCAGAGCCUGUAUAUUUAAAAAUAUCUAGCAAUGUUCCUGAUCAUGGAAAUUUCGAAAUUGACAUUUCUGCCAAGGACAAUAUGGAAUCUACGGAAACUCUAAUCACCGUUGUAGGAAAUGGCAAGAAGAUGGCUUUCCAUGCUCGCCACUCCAAGAGUAAAACAAGUCCUUCCCUGGACAUUGGUUUAGAAUUGCCACAAGGAAAGUCCAGAUUUUAUGGGAAAUUAGAGACAAAAGGAGAAGCACACUAUUUAGUAGAAAGCAAAAUUGAGUGGCUUACGAAUGGUGGUGGAACCUUUGAAGCAAAUGGUGAAGUGAAUGUUAAGAGCUUUGAUGAUCUAUUUAUAAAGCUGUUCAUUGACAGUCCAGCACUUAAUAUGAAUAAAGUGGAGUUUGAAGCUGGAAGACAACUUACAAAGUCAUCUGCAAAGACUCUUUAUUUCCGUGGAAAAGCCAACGAGAAACAACUUUCUGGCAGUUUUACUCUGGUGCCAAAAGAAGACAAUCUGUAUGAAGGAAAUGGUGUUUUGAACAUAGGAGAUGGAAGCUAUCCACUUAAGUUUAAAUUGAAAUUCGAUGUACAGAGAAAAGAUCAAAAGGAGAUGCUGUUGGACAUGGAAGCUGGAAAGUACUCGUAUUACGCACACAUAAUGGGCUUGACCGAUGAAGCUAGUGGUUUGUACAAAGUUGAGACAGUCACCAAAUAUUGCAAAAAUGACAAAUGUCACAAUGAGGAACUCAAGCUCAGCAAGCACAAAACAGGACCCAUGGAAUAUGAGAUUACGUUUGGACUGCAGCUGUCAAUGUCAUUGUUCUUUAUGUUGGACCACCCACUGAUACUGAAGGGCCAUUCAAAGAGACAAGGUUUAGAAAUUGAUCGUAUUCUUGAGGUUGAAUAUGGACCAGAAAAACUUCAAUACCAUGAAUAUGUCCAGAAGGACCGUGCAGGUGCUGAGUUGACACUACCUAAGAGGACCAUUGCUGUGGAGGCAAUUUUUUAUUUACAAGACAGCAAGGAUAAUCCUUCAUUCAAGAUUGAGGGUAAUUUUUGGAUGGACAAGAAGAAUGCCGCAGCAGACAAGACAUCAGUGGUACUGGCCAGUGAUACCACUAAACGUGCUGAUGCUGUUGUAUUGUCCCAUGAGGCCCAUUUCAGUACACCAGGAAUGAAAGAACUUUCAUUGAAGAAUGAUUUAACCGUCAAUGUGAAGGACCACACCAUCCAUGCCAAAUUUGAAGCCGAUGUAUUCUCCAAAAAGAACCAAAAGUUUGUCAUUGAAUACAAAUUGGCUAGUAACAAAAACGAGGGUACGUACAGUGGAAAUGACCAUCUUCACAUCUAUAGCAAGGGCCUUAACAUUGACACACAACUCCAAAGGAAAGCAUCUAUCUCUAAAAAUGGUGUCAGCUACAUUAUAACUGGAUCCUACAUUGAUUCCAAACAAAACAAGCGAGAGGGUGUGGCUCAGUUUAUCUUUGAUCCCAAGCAUUCAGAAGUUGUUCUGAAACUCCCAGAGGGUACAUUAUACGCAGAAGAAUCAACCCUAGUGGGAAAUCCUGACAGUCUCAACUACCAUAUGCAAGGAGAAACUUACAUGCUCGGAUACAAAUUUGAGGAGGAGUUAGAUGUGAAAAAGAAAGGACCUCACUUUAAAUACAUCCUAACAAUCAUUCAGAAGGCGGAGAACAAUCCACAAUUCACUCUCGAUAUUGGAGUUGAUUUAGAUCAACUUGCUGAAAUAAAUUUGAAGUACAACAAAAAACUACUGCUUGGCCUAGAAGUUGCUCUGGACGAGGCACACUAUCUAAAGUCCAAGUACCAGUACAACACAGAUGUCGCCAAGGAUUAUCUGACUCAAGAGAAAAAAAAAUAUAGUUGGAAUGCUAAAAGAGGGAUCAAGAAUUGCAAAGAAUACUGGAGCCAAGGUGGCAGAAGAAGUGACUGACAGAUUAGAAGACUGUCGCCAAGCUCUGCCCAACUUCAAGUCAGCAGCCCAACAUUACCAGAAAGAGUUGCAACAGUUUAAACAGGAGAUUACUAGCAAUGAGAAUGCGAAGGACGUCAUUGAUUUCGU